AUGGCAAUGAAAUUUCUUUGUGGUUGUCUUCUGGCAGUUGUCCUGCUUGGCUGUCUGACUGAGGCUCAAUAUUCAAAGCAGCCCCAGCAGCCUCAGCUGCCCAAGCAGCCUCAGCAGCCUCAGCAGCCUCAGCCACCCAAGUGGCCCCAGCAGCCCCAGAGGCCCCAGGAGCCCCAGCAGCCUCAGCCGCCCAAGUGGCCCCAGCAGCCCCAGAGGCCCCAGGAGCCCCAGCAGCCUCAGCCACCCAAGUGGCCCCAGCAGCCCCAGAGGCCCCAGGAGCCCCAGCAGCCUCAGCCACCCAAGUGGCCCCAGCAGCCUCAGAAAUACACACCACCGAAACAAGAUUUCUCCCAAAAGUACACACCUCAGCAGGCUCAGCAGCCUCAGCAGACUCAGCAGACUCAGCAGGCAGUUAAGCAGCCUUCCCAGCCUACAGAAUCAUUUCACACUUGUGAAGUGGCUGAACACAUCAAGAUACAAUGUGGAGCUCCGGACAUCUCUGCUUCAGAUUGCAGUGCUAUAAGCUGCUGCUUUGAUGGACGCAUGUGCUAUUAUGGCAAAUCUGUGACUCUCCAGUGCACCAAGGACGCCCAAAUGAUUGUGGUGGUGGCCAGAGAUGCCACACUACCCAACAUCGACUUGGAGACACUUAGUUUCCUUGGAAGUGGUCCAAACUGUCAGCCCGUCGGCACCACAUCAGCUUUUGCCAUCUACCAGUACCCUGUCACAGCCUGCGGCACUGUCAUGAUGGAGGAGCCUGGGGUUAUAAUCUACGAGAACAGGAUGGCCUCUUCAUAUGAAGUGGCUAUUGGGCCUUACGGAAGCAUUACCAGGGACAGCAGCUUUGAGCUGGUUGUUCAGUGUAGAUAUAUUGGCACCUCAGUUGAGGCUGUGGUCAUUGAGGUUGGCACGGUUCCUCCACCACCCCCAGUUGCAGCUCCUGGACCUCUGAGUGCGGAGCUGAGGCUGGGCAACGGAGUGUGUACCACCAAGGGCUGUGUGGAAGAGGAUGUGGCCUACCUCUCUUAUUACGUGGAUGCCGACUACCCCGUGGUGAAGGUGCUCCGGGAUCCUGUGUACGUUGAGGUCCGAGUGCUGGAGAGGACUGAUCCCAACCUUGUCUUGACUCUUGGAAGAUGCUGGGCAACUAGUGACCCCUACCCUCACAGUCUUCCUCAGUGGGACUUGCUGAUUGAUGGGUGCCCAUAUCGUGAUGACCGUUACCAGACUGCCCUGGUCCCUGUGGGUGCCUCAUCAGGUCUUGAUUUUCCAACCCACUACAGGCGUUUUGUGUUUAAGAUGUUCACGUUUGUAGCUACUGGAGCUCCCAGUGACAAGAAGGGAGGGCCUGCAGAUCCAGGGGCUAUGACUCCUCUCAAGGAAAAGGUGUAUAUCCACUGCGAAACAGCUGUGUGCCAACCAUCUCUUGGAAAUAACUGUGAACCUAGGUGCUUCAGAAAGAGGAGAGAAAUUGCUGCUUCUAACAAGGGAAGCUUCAGAGAUGACACCAUUGUGGCCAGCAGUCAGGAAAUUGUCUUCACGGACGCAAACCAGAGGACUUAGUAACAACAUGCAGGCAGAACCUUAUCAUGAAAUAUCUGAACCUGAUGUUUACUGAUAAGUGUUUGAGUUUCAAAUAAAUCUCAUGGUUGAUGAAUUAUGUUGUCUGAUCUUAUAAAAUUUCAUCCAGAUACAUUAUUUACAACUGAUUAAACCCUAAUGAGUUACACAUACUGUGUUCAGCUAAUAACACAUUUAAGCCAUUUGCGAUUGUUUU